AUGGAGCCCGAGAGAGCUCACGCCCAGAGCGGCUUCUUCAACAAGGCGGACGUGCCCGACCACGCGCACUACGUGGUGGCCGCGUUCGUCCUGGUCAUCGGCACGCUGGGCGUCGCGGGCAACGCGCUGGUCAUGUUCGCGUUCUACAGCAACAAAAAGCUCCGCAGCCUGCCCAACUACUUCAUCGUGAACCUGGCGGUCAGCGACUUCCUCAUGGCCUUCACGCAGUCGCCCAUCUUCUUCAUCAACUGCCUGUACAAGGAAUGGGUGUUUGGCGAGAUGGGUUGCAAGAUGUACGCGUUCUGCGGCGCCCUGUUCGGCAUCGCCUCUAUGAUAAACCUGCUGGCCAUCUCCAUCGACCGCUACCUGGUGAUCACCAAGCCGCUGAAGGCAAUCCACUGGAGCUCCAAGAGAAGGACCACCCUGGCCAUCGUCUCCGUCUGGCUCUACUCGCUGGCCUGGAGUCUGGCUCCUCUCGUUGGAUGGAGCUCUUACAUCCCCGAGGGCCUGAUGACAUCGUGCACUUGGGAUUAUGUCACAUACACGGCAGCCAACAGGAGCUACACCAUGAUGCUGUGCUGCUUCGUCUUCUUCAUCCCGCUCCUCAUCAUUUUCUACUGCUACGUCUUCAUGUUUCUGGCUGUCAGGAAAACCAGCAGGGAAGUGGAGAGACUGGGGACCCAAGUGAGGAAAUCCACAUUAAUCCAUCAGAAAUCCAUCAGGAGCGAAUGGAAGCUGGCCAAAAUCGCCUUUGUGGUCAUUGUGGUUUACGUCCUCUCCUGGUCGCCGUACGCCUGCGUCACGCUCAUUUCAUGGGCCGGCCACGCCAGCGUCUUAUCGCCGUACUCCAAGGCCGUUCCUGCUAUCAUCGCGAAGGCCUCCACGAUCUACAACCCUUUCAUCUAUGCCAUCAUUCAUAAUAAAUACAGGAUGACUCUGGCAGAGAAAUUUCCCUGCUUGUGGUUUCUGUCCCCCGCUCCGCGAAAGGAGUGCAUCUCCUCCUCGUCCAUCAGCGAGUCCUCCUUCCGGGAUUCCCUCAUCAGUCGCCAGUCCACCGCAUCCAGGACGCACUUCAUCCGCUCGUCGUCCAAAGCCUCUGACAAGGUUCCGAGGGACGUGGAGAUGGAACCUCUGGGCAGGAAGUCGGGGGAUUCGUUCAGGAGCAUGUCGUCCUACCAUCAGUCCAGCAGGAGCAGUUCUUAUAGGAGGUCCUCGGAGAGGAAGAACCCCCGUAAAGUCGAGAGGCAGCUUCCAUCUACCAUGUCCGAGUCAUCCAGCAACUGUGACCACGAACUGGUUUCUAGCACUCUCACCAGCGCCACUCUCCCCCUGCUAGUUCUUACCAGGAGGCGCAGUCGCAGUCUGACCCACAAAGACUCGGAGAGGGACAAAACCGUUCCCGACUGGCCGCAAGGCUGCAAGAGCAACUCUGCCGGGUCCCUGUGCGUCGGACGAGCCUCGGCCGCGGAGCCGCCGCCGUCUCAGCUGCAGCAGCAGCAGCAGCAGGCCGUCCCCCGCAUCGUGGUCAUCAGCCCCACGUCCGAGAGCAGACUGGUGCAGCAGGACAGCCUCUGCUUGGAGGAGGCGAUGGCAAACAACGUUUUGAUUAGUUUGAACUUCUCGUCUGAGGUCCUGGCGGCUGUGGAGUUGCUAUCCUGA